AUGCCCCUCAAAGCCGCGGAAAUUAUCUCCUACCCGGCGUUCAACACAGUUGAAUGGGAGUUACCGCCUACCAAGAAGGGCUAUACUGAGGUCGCGAAAGAACGGGCUGGAGGUCCGAUCAAGCUUUACUAUGAGAUUCAUGGACAAGGAGAUGUCAAGCUUGUAUGGAUAAUGGGCCUGGGCGCGUUCCGCACAGCAUGGAAGCGCCAAACCAAGUACUUCGGCCACGACCGGUCGAGCCGAUACUCCUGCCUCAUCCUUGACAACCGUGGCAUGGGCCUCAGCGACAAACCGUCCUGUCGCUACUCGACCUCUGAAAUGGCCCGCGAUGUGAUCGAACUGUUGCAAGUCGCCGGCUGGUUGCCGUCACCGCUACCGUCUUCAACCGCAUCCACAAACCCCUCCCCUCCAAGCCGGGCCUUGCACGUCAUAGGCAUCAGCAUGGGCGGCAUGAUCGCGCAGGAACUCUCCCUCCUGAUCCCCGACUACAUUGCUUCUCUUGCCUUGAUCUCCACGGCGCCGCGCCUGGUGCGCACGAUCCCGUUCAUCGAGAACCUGCGCAACAGGAUCAACAUGUUCGUCCCGCGGGACAUUGACGUGCAACUCGACGAGAUCGCGCACCGCUUGUUCUCGGACGAAUGGCUCGCCCAAGAAGAUACCGAGAAUGAAGACCCGACGAAGAAUUUCCCCACGAAUCGUGAUCGGUUUGCCGCUGGUGAACUGCAGAAACGGAUGGAUAAAGCGGGCUUUACGCGCAAAGGGUUCACACUCCAGGCGAUUGCGGCGGGCUGGCACUACAAAUCCGCCGACGCCAUAAAACGGAUAGGCGACGUCGUGGGGAGGGAGAGAAUCUGCGUCGUGCAUGGCACGCAGGAUCGUAUGAUUGAUUUUCAUCAUUUUGGCAUGUUGAGGGACCAGCUUGGGGGGGAGGCCGGAGGGGCGCAUUUCGAGGUCUGGGAGGGCAAGGGGCAUGUCCUCGUUUGGGAGGUUGAAAGCGAAUUCAAUGCGUUCCUGGAGGGAUGGUUCGAGAAGUGUGAGCCGAUGGCGAGGUGA